AUGGUCGUGCCAGAAAUCGGAUUGGUACCUAACACUUCCAUGCAUCCCGGAACUUAUCCGCUCUACCCUCUGAGACCUCAGGUUAUGGCUCAGCCGGAGGGGAACCAGUGGCUAAGACCUUUUAGCAACGCUAUGGAGCAGCAACACGGGCUGAUACCUCCCUCGAGCGUGUGUGUCGAUCCCGCUGUCUUACAAUCGACGACUGCCGCUCCUGGCGGGGUCAUGAAAGGACAGGGACAACACGAUCAGGGAUAUCAACAAUCAAGACCGUUCGUGCCCACUCCUAGUGGCUUGUCGGCGGCGCCGGAGUCUCCUUCAGCCUCGGUCGGACGCGCCGAGCAUCGGGCCCGGAAGACACGGGGUUCAUCUGCAGUACUCGGCCACCGAAGAUCGAGACCAAACCAUGGGCACUUACAGACGAUGUCCACAUGGCGCUUCCAGGGUCAUUGGAGAACCCAGCCGCAGGGAGGCUCAUCAGGCUACUUCCCCAAGCAGGGUAUUAGUCGAGCUAUUGUCCCGCACCGCUGCGGUCUGCCAAGAAAUGCGGCGGCUCAGACAGGAGACGGUGAAACGAGCGGCCACAUACAAAGGCUUCGGCGUCCACUAGAACAACGAAUGCCUCUGGCUCUUCGACCUCAAUUACCCUCUAUUAGAUUGCUUUUCCCUGAAAUAUUCGCAAGCAAGACAGAGGCAUCGACGGCACAUCGAAGCUUGCAUGGCACCCGCGGAAACGAUUUUGGUGUUGUGCAACCGCGACAGUAA